UAAAAAAGAAAGAAAAAAAUUUUAAGAAAACAUAUGUGUGAUAUACCAUAUCCUAUCGAGAAUUAAAGUAUAUAAAGAAGAACCUUCACUUAUAAAUCAAGAAAGAGUGCUAUUAUAUAAAAUAUAAAAUAUUAAAACCAGACUGAUUAUCAUUUAUAUGUUAUUAUGUUCUUUUUCUUCUAAUAUUAAUUAUUAGUUGGAUUUGAAAUGCUACAUCCAAAAAAUCAAAUUUGAAUUUGAAUAUGUUACUAACAUAAGAAUGUCCUUUUUGUAAAUUGUAAUAAAAAAAAUAUUGCUUAAAAUGGAAGAGUCUACAAAAUCUGAGGAUACUGAAUUUGGUAAUGCGAUUCCUGUGUGUCCUCAAGUAAAUCAAACUUAUUCAGAUACAAAAUUCUUGGUAGAUAAUAAAAAUACACAGAUUCGCAUUGUCCGAGGUAAUAAAAAGCUCAAAAUCGAUAAUAGUGAUACUAACAAUAUUGAGAAAAAGGAUGUAAAAGAUGAGGAAGCAACAGAGGCUAAAGUAAGAUCCCUUAAACGUUCAUGCGAAUUGUGGUCUAUGGAGGAUAAAAACACUUUUUUUAAAGCGCUCAAUGAAUAUGGUAAAGACUUUGAUGCUCUACAAAGCUACUUUUUAAAUCAAGGCAAAAAGCGUGGCCUCUCAGACACCAUGAUAAAGAAUAAAGAGCAGAUUCGACAUUUCUAUUACAGAACAUGGCUAAAAAUAUCAAAGCAUCUUAAAUUCUCAGAAGAUGUUAAGAAAACUUCCCAAGAAUUAUAUGGAUUGAUAAAUUAUGGCGAAUUGAGAAGAAAAUUACCUCGUAUUCAUGAGAAGAUUCAUUUAAGACUAAAUGAAUUGAUAUAUUGGGGAUCCACUCAAGUCAGACUAAGAGGAAAAACUAUGAGAAUUAAAACACCUAUAUGCAGAGCACUUAGAAAAUUAAACCAGUUAGAAGUUUUUCCUCUUAGUCUGACUUGA